GAGCGAGAGAGCCGAGAGGCAGGUCCGCAGUCUCCUGCGGGAACUCGGAGAAUCCCGGGGCGGGGUCAGGGUAGCGCAGCGCCACGAACCCAGAGACCUGCGGCGACGGGAGAAGAACCCAGGUGCUGGGAGACCUGAGACGAGUGGAGCUCGGGACCCGCAGAGAAAAGCGGGGCGCAGCUGCCCUCUCCUCCGGCCAGACAGUGAGGAUGGAAGGCGCCCGCUCGCCCUAGAUGGACCGCGAUGCCGCCAGGAGAGACCACCCCGGAACGCUGAUGGAAACCCGGACUGAGGCCAGCGGUGACGCUCAGCCGGGGGGCAGCGGCGGCAACGCGGACGGUGAGGAGCCCUCGGCUGCAGCAGAUCCCAAUGCCCAUCCCCAAUCGGAGAAGAUGCCGGAGCCCAGCAUGAAUGUGGCGGCUGCAGCAGCAGCAGCAGCAGCGCCCAGGGGCAGCCGGGCAGUUCCGAAUCGGUGUGUCAGGGACCCCAAGCUAGUGCACCAGCGCUUCCUGCGGCGCAGCGUGGUGGACUCGGAUCAAGAGGAGUUGCCCGGUUUGGAGCCCCCGGAGCCCGAGCCUUCCCCACAACCCCCGCAGCCCCUGCGCAAGGUCCUGCUGCUCUCCAAGACGCGCCGGCUCAUUGCAGAGCGGGCUAAGGGCGGAGGGGCGCGCGCGGCGCCUGAACUCCCGGGGACCCCACAGCCACCGGCAGGCGCCCCGGUCCCCGAGGCUGCCCGAGAAGCGAGCCCAGGCCCCGGCAGCCGGGGGGAUGGAGCGGCCGCUGCAAGUGCAGUAGCCUCUUCGGCUGCGCAGAGUGGCCAGGAUGUGGAGAAGAAGGAGGCCGUCACGGUGGCGGCCUCUGCGGCCCCGGCAGAGGUGAAGUCUGAACCGGGGUCCACCAAAAAAGAGGAGCCCGAGGAGGAGGAAGACGAUGAAGACGACUUGAAAGCGGUGGCGACGUCCCCAGAUGGCAGGUUCCUCAAAUUUGAUAUUGAGCUGGGUCGGGGCUCUUUCAAGACAGUCUACAAGGGGCUGGACACCGAGACCUGGGUGGAAGUGGCCUGGUGUGAACUUCAGGACAGAAAACUGACAAAGUUGGAGAGGCAAAGAUUUAAAGAAGAAGCCGAAAUGCUGAAAGGCCUGCAACAUCCAAACAUCGUUAGAUUCUAUGACUUCUGGGAGUCUUGUGCUAAGGGGAAGAGAUGCAUUGUGUUGGUAACUGAAUUAAUGACUUCUGGAACAUUAAAAACAUAUCUGAAGCGGUUUAAAGUGAUGAAACCCAAGGUUCUCCGCAGCUGGUGCCGGCAGAUCCUGAAAGGCCUCCUUUUUUUGCACACAAGGACUCCACCAAUUAUUCACAGAGACUUAAAAUGUGACAAUAUUUUUAUCACUGGACCAACCGGAUCUGUGAAAAUAGGAGACCUGGGUCUGGCAACCUUGAAGAGAGCCUCAUUUGCCAAAAGUGUAAUAGGAACCCCAGAAUUCAUGGCCCCAGAGAUGUAUGAAGAGCACUAUGAUGAAUCCGUUGACGUUUAUGCCUUUGGGAUGUGUAUGUUGGAAAUGGCUACCUCAGAAUAUCCCUACUCAGAAUGUCAGAACGCUGCCCAAAUCUACCGGAAGGUCACUUGUGGUAUCAAACCAGCAAGCUUUGAAAAAGUACAUGAUCCUGAAAUUAAGGAGAUUAUUGGGGAAUGCAUCUGCAAAAACAAAGAAGAAAGAUAUGAAAUUAAAGAUUUAUUGGGCCAUGCCUUUUUCGCGGAAGACACUGGGGUAAGAGUGGAGCUUGCAGAAGAAGACCAUGGUAGGAAAUCCUCUAUUGCCUUAAGGCUUUGGGUUGAAGAUCCUAAGAAACUGAAAGGAAAACCCAAAGAUAAUGGAGCAAUUGAGUUUACUUUUGAUUUGGAGAAGGAAACUCCUGAUGAUGUUGCACAAGAAAUGAUCGAGUCUGGAUUUUUUCAUGAAAGUGAUGUGAAGAUAGUGGCAAAGUCGAUUCGAGACAGAGUAGCAUUAAUUCAGUGGAGAAGAGAGAGGAUCUGGCCUAUUGUGCAGUCCGAGGAGCGCCGGGACUCAGAGAGCCUCGAUAAAGCCAAGUUGCCACAGGCACAACUCCAGGUUCAGGUCACGUACCAUUCUCAUGUUGGCCAGCAGACUGCAUUAGAACCUGAGGAGCCUGAAGCUGACCAGCAUCUCUUUCAGCCGAAGCUUCCCACGAGCGCCACAUCGGUGGCAUCGGACAGCACAUUUGACAGUGGCCAAGGCUCCACUGUGUACUCAGAUUCCCAGAGUAGCCAGCAGAGCGUGAUUUACUCUUCCCUGCCUGAUGCCAUCCCUCCCACUAUUCAGCGAGUCUACAGCCCACCUGUCAGUGAUGGUCAGGUUGGGACACAGGGCCACCCAUCUCUGGGGCCCUACCAGCAGCCUACAGCGCCUGGACUGACUGUGGGCCCUGUUUCUUCCACUGUACUCCCUCCGAGACCACAGCAACAUUACCCAGAACCAGCAAUGACUUUUUCAGUGCAGCCAACAACAGUUGCUUCAGGGCAUAUUGGGCCAACGCCAUCUAUGUUACCCACCCAGCAGCCUCAGCCCCUGGCUCAGCCAGCUCCAAUACAGCAAGUUCUUGCCAGUCAGCCCGUGUGUCCACACCAGCCAGCACCUCAUCACUUGUCUCAGUACCCAGCUCCACCUUCACAGGUGGCUGCUGCCAGUCAGCUGCAGCCCCUGCAGAUGCCACAGGUGCCGCUACAGCCGCUUCCUCAAGUGCCACCUGCCCAGAUUCCUCAGUUUCCUGUCAUUCCUCCAAUCACCCCUCUGGCAGGAAUUGACAACCUUCCUCCAAACCUCUCUGAUUUACCUGCUGCGAAUGUGCCCCCUAUUCCUGCUCCUUCUCAGUAUUUUUCUCCAGCUGUGAUUCUGCCAAGCCUUUCCAUAAACCCUGUCGCCCCUCUGCCGGCUACCCCCACCCUCCCCGUACAGGCUGUAAAACUCCCGCACACUUCUGUGGCGCCGUUGGUCAUGCCCUGCCAACCAAUAGUGCCAAAUAUGUCCGCCACAACAAUACCUUUGCUGGCCGUGGCACCACAAGGCGUUACCGCUUUGCCCAUCCAUCAGGCUGUUACCCAGCUCCCCCCACAACCGCUAUACCAGGCUGCUUUCCAGCCAAUUAUUCAGAGUGAAGUCCCCCCCUCUCCCCAUCACACUCAGAAUUUACAGGGGGUCUCUCAGCAGCAGCAGCAGCAGCAGCAGCCGCCACCACCCCAGCCACAGCUGCCUCCACUUCCUCAGUCCCUCCAGCCAAGCAUAAUUCAUCCUUCAGAACAGGCUAUUCCAGCUUCUGGGGCUGGUAACCAGCAAAUACUUGUUGGACACCCCCCUCCAUAUACCGUGGACGUUGCAGCCCAGGUCCCUGUUGUACCAGUUCGGGCAUCAGCAGUCCUGUCUCCACCUCUGCAGUUCCAGCCUGAAAUAAUACCUCCCAUCAUUGCUACAGAGCAUCUUCCUCAGAUUUCUGGUACCCUGGCUACCACGACUGUGUCAGUUGAUCAUAGUUUGCCUGUUCAGACAACUGGCCUCUUGCCUCAGCUAAACCCACCCCUCUCCUUAGGACAUUCAGUUUCCAUUCCACAUCCUACUAUCCAGCUGACAGCAGAACCACCUCAAGAGGAGCAGACAGUCCAGGAGAAACAACCAACUCUCCUACAGAGCUGUGAAAGCUAUGGAGGAUCUGAUGUGGCUUCAGGAAAAGAAAUGAGCGAUAGCUGUGAAGGUGCAUUUGGAAGUGGGAAGCAGGAAGGAAAAUCUUCAAAGAAGCAUCAUAGGAAAUCCACCCGCACUCGUUCACGCCAAGAAAAAGCCAACAAAUCAAAACUAACUAUCCUUAAUGUAUGUAACACUGGAGAUAAAAUGGUAGAGUGCCAAUUGGAAACACACAAUCACAAAAUGGUAACUUUUAAGUUUGACCUAGAUGGGGAUGCCCCAGAAGAAAUUGCUACUUAUAUGGUAGAGAAUGAAUUCAUACUUCAGACUGAAAAGGAAACCUUCAUUGAACAAAUGAAAGAUAUCAUUGAUAAAGCAGAAGACAUGCUCAGUGAGGAUAUGGAGUGUGAACAGAGCUCUGAUCAAGGGAUGAGCCCUCAGCAUAAUGCCUUUGGAGUAGACCCUGGAGAAGAGAAUCGGCAAUCUCAAGUGAAUGCCCCUGUGUAUCAACAAAAUGUUCUACAUACUGGAAAAAGGUGGUUCAUUAUAUGUCCAGUAGCAGAAAACCCGACAGCAGAAGCCCCUGAAUCUUCUCCCCCUCCUCUUUUGUGUCCCCAGCAGCCUGAAGGAUAUCAAGAACCAGAGCCUUGUGAGGACCUGCUGUCACGGACAGAACAGCCAAGCAUCCUCGUCGGUACACAGCUUCCCAUUCAAGCUGGUCUCGGUGACACCCACAGCAGGACACCAACUCCUUUGGCACAGGCCUCUGCACCUUUGGCUGUCUUGCCGAAUGAGGCAGAAAUAGUCGCUUCCGUGCUGCUAGAGCCAGCUGUGAAUGUGGGCCAGGUUGGGACUCCUGCCGAGCAGCCACUACCGGCUGCUCAGUAUGAAGCUUCUGCCCUCAGCACCUCUUUGAUGAUGGAAACUCAUGAUAUUCAGCUUAUGAAGCCUGCCAGCCCACCUGCACAGAAAGUGGACCACGACGUUUGUGGCCCUGCCUUGGAGGUCGCAUGCUGCACUGGGGGACGUCGAGAAUCUGUCCUUGGUCUUUCUAGUUUGGUAACAGAGGCAGGGACUAUCUCAGAACUUGUCCCAGAACCUCAGGCCAUGCUCUCUGCAGUUCCCGGGCCUGAGACCAGCCAGCCAAGUGGGACUGCUCAUCCUUUCCUCAGUCAAAUGCUUCCUCCAGCGGUCAUGUCAGAACCGCUCAGUCUCAAAGCGUCUCAGCUUCCAAGCCCCCCUCAAGUCUCUACUGCCAUGCCCCAGCAACCAAGCCUUCCCAGCCAGGCCCAGGCAGCGAGCGGCGCUGGCCCUGGAACCAGUCUCCCUCAGCUGCCAUCUGCGUUUGAAUCUGAUGGGGAAGGACCACCUCCAAGGGUUGGCUUCGUGGACAGCACAAUUAAGAGCCUGGAUGAGAAGCUGCGUAAUUUACUAUACCAAGAGUAUGUUCCCACUUCUUCUGCCUCCGCUGGCACCCCUCUAGAGCAGGGCGACAGUGAAUUUAAGUUGGAGCCAUUGAGUGAAGACUUGCUUCCUACUCUUGCUUUGACCUCCACUCUUGACUUCUACCAAGCUCCUAGUGGUACCACCUCUGUUGCAGAUGAAAAAGUACCAUCAUUCAUCCCUGCUGAUAUGUCCUCAUACCAUGCUAUGGCUGGACAGGGGGUGGAAACAUCAGAAGUGAUACAAAUGGGAGUUGGACCAUCAGAAGUAGACGGCUCUCUGAAAAGCGCAGUAGAGCCGUCUCUCAGCGAUUCAUUAAGUUCCCACAGUUGCUCAAUAUUCAUCUCAAGCACAACACAAAACCUACAGGGCAUCCCUCCUUCAGUUGUCACAAAACAUCUGGAGACUUCAAAAAGAGAUGAUCAAAUUGAGCCUGAAGUCCUAGUUAAGCCCAUGGAGACUUUGACGCAGACGUUCACAACAGAUGGAGGGCUAAGUAACCUUCAGAGGCACAGUUCUCCUGAUUCUGGUUCCCAUCGAAAGCAGAUAGAAAAGGGUGACAUUGGCACACCAGCCAAAACUAUUGGCAGAUUUUCUGUUGUCAGCACACAAGAUGAAUUAACUCUGGCAUCACCCCAGUGCUUAAGGUACUCUGCACCUCCUGAUGUCUACUUGGAUGAGCUUCCUUCCAGCCCUGAGAUGAAGAUAGCUGUCCGCCGUGUGCAGACAGCAUCUUCAAUUGAAGUUGGAGUGGGUGAGCCCGUUUCUAGUGAUUCAGGGGAUGAAUGCCUAAGAAGAAAGCCCUCCGUCCCGAAACAAUCCUCUUUGCCCAGUAGCAGCACAGCCAGUGACUUCAUGAAGAAAGCAGCUGCAGCCCUCUUACACCGAUCAGGGAAGACUGGGUCUCUGGGCUCUGAUUCUCCUAGUAAAAGUCAAGGGAUGAAAAUCCCAACCAUUAGUGUGACCUCCUUCCAUUCCCAGUCAUCCUAUGUGAGCAGUGACAAUGACUCUGAAUUCGAAGACGCUGACAUUAAAAAGGAGCUGCAAAGUCUAAGAGAGAAGCACCUGAAAGAGAUCUCAGAACUGCAAACUCAGCAGAAGAAUGAAAUAGAAGCUUUGUACCUGCGCCUGGGGAAACCCUUACCUCCCAACGUGGGGUUCUUUCAUACCGCUCCCCCCAGUGGUCGGCGAAGAAGGACAAGCAAAAAUAAAUUAAAAGCUGGGAAGCUGUUGAAUCCUCUGGUGCAGCAGUUAAAGAGUGUGGCCUCCAAUACAAGUAACUUGUCAGACUGCAGAGGUUCUCCCUCUAAAGACACUGCUAAAGCGCGGCCUGGUCCCACCGCAAUCACUUCCUCAGCUUCAGGCGCGUUCGGAAAGGCAGUACAGACACAGCAGCCCUGCUCUGUCAAAGCCUCCCUGUCUUCUGACAUCUGCUCCGGCUUAGCCAGUGAAGGAGGUGGAGCGCAAGGCCAAGGCUGGACGGUUUACCACCAAACGUCUGAGAGAGUGACCUAUAAAACUAGUAGCAAACCUCGUACCAGAUUCCUCAGUGGACCUGUGUCUUUGUCCAUCUGGUCCACCCUGAAACGUCUAUGCCUAGGCAAAGAGCACAGUAGUAGAUCUUCUACCACCAGUCUGGUAACAGGUCCCGAGCCAGUGCCCCCAGCCACGCUGCAGGUCCAGGCACAAGUCAAUAACAGCAACAACAAGAAAGGGAUGUUCACGGAUGAUUUGCACAAGCUAGUGGAUGAAUGGACAAGCAAAACUGUGGGAGCUGCUCAGAUAAAACCUUCCCUAAACCAACUGAAACAGAAUCAGAAAAGGCAAGAUAUGGAGCCCCGAGCAAACCCUGCCCAGGCACAAAACGAGGCACGUGGCGUUAAUUCAGUCAGAACAGGAGUGGGGAAACAAUAUCUUGUUCCAGUGCCUGGCCCUGUGUCAGCUGCAUUAAUUCCCGGAGUCACUCCAGCCCUGCCAAUGCCUAUGACAGGUACUCCCCUUUCUGGCCCGGUCCCACCUUAUGUGAUACCUCCGUAUCCAUAUGGAGGAGUGUUCCCAGCACCUAUGUAUGGUGGGCAGUGGCCAGACACAGUGGGCCAGCCUGGGAUUAGAGGAGGGCAUAGCCUUGCACCAUUUCCAGGCCUGAGCAAAACAGGCUUGCAGUUGUUUCCAGUAUACCUGCAGCAACCUGCUGUCAACCCAUGCAGCCCCCAGAUGAGAAUCACCUAGCUUUCUGACUCACCUAUAA